AUGGCCGAACCGUCUAAUACAACCGAUACAAAUCCAGUGACCUAUAAAUUUCGUUUUGGUACAUCUGAUAAACUUGUUCAUCUUACUGAAAAACAACUUCAUUCUAUUCGUUAUUUGUCUGCUUUAAUAGCACAUAAAGAUCAUUUUUUAUCAGUUGAAAAUGAAAAUGGUGAAUAUGUGUUGAAUUAUCCAAUUGAAUAUCGUUGGUUUAUGCCGAUUCUUUGUUCAAUUAUUAGUAAACAAGCACAUACAUUAUUCAAUGAAUUAGCAGAAGAUGAAAAUUUACUAGACGUUCUUCAAUUGUCUGAUUAUCUUUGUGUCGAACCAUUUCCAUUACCUCAUCUACGAUAUCAAAACUUGCUUCGAUCAAAUCCUGUCAAUAUUGAGAAUGAAAAUCAACGUGUUAAAUAUUACAAGGCAAAUUUGUCAGAAGCACGACAAACAGCUGCAGAAUUCCUAAUCGCUCUUGCUAGAAAUCAAUAUAAAUUGAGUGAUUCAAACACGCGAAAAGAUAUUUUCACAUUGAUCAACAUUAUUCUUUUCAAUCCAGCUGUUUUUAAUUCACGAUUUCGACAUCAUACAUUAAGAGUGGCG